AAAAAAUCCCCCUUAACCGAUCGAUCUCUCGAUCUUCGAUAGUUAUAGCAGAAGUCUGACAAUUUUUCAUAGUUAAUCCAAACCCGAAUUUCUUCGAAUGUUGUCCCUAUUUUGACAAAGGGGUUUCAGUGUUUAUAUCCAAAUCCUCAUAUUCCUCUCAAUGAGAUUAGCUAGUACUCUUUCCCUUUUUGUCACUUUGAUUAUAACCAAGAAAUUGGUGAUUGAACCCAAAAAGUAGAGAGAAAUGGGAAGAAAAUGAUGAUGAUUAUCAAAAUUACACAAGUUUUCAUGACUAUGAUUUUAUGUUAGAUCGUGUGGGAUCUUCAUAAAUUUCCUCUUGAAUUCUGCUGGUUUGGAUUUGGGAAAGAUGGCAGAUGGAAAUACGCAGUCCAGAUAUGUGAGGUUGACAAAAGAUCAAGCGCCAUUGGAGGAUAUCACCCCUGGGGAGCUCAAUCAACCUAUUCAAGUGCCUCAGUUGAUUGUUCAUAGAUGCGAGGAGUGCGGGCAACCGCUACCGGAAAGCUAUCAGCCACCGGCGGAUGAAGAUUGGACUACUGGAAUUUUUGGUUGUGUCGAAGAUACUAAUAGUUGUUGGAGAGGGCUGUUCUGCCCUUGUGUGCUGUUUGGGGAGAAUGUAGAGACAUUGAGAGAAGACAUCUCAUGGCAAAAUGCAUGCGUUUGCCAUGCGAUGUGCGUGGAAGGAGGAAUGGCACUGGCAGCUGCAACAGCACUUGUCCAUGGUAUUGAUCCUCAGACUUCCUUUUUGAUAUCUGAAAGCCUCAUGUUUGCUUGGUGGAUGUGUGGCAUCUACACUGGUUUGUUUCGCCAAUCAUUGCAGAAGAAAUAUCAUCUUAAGAACUCUCCAUGUGACCCAUGUCUGGUGCAUUGCUGCAUGCAUUGGUGUGCUCUAUGUCAAGAACAUAGAGAGAUGAAGAACCAUCUUUCUGAUAAUGCUACGUUGCAAAUGGCCGUUGUGAAUCCUCCUCCAGUUCAGGAGAUGAACGCUGAUGAGAACGAGUCUGCGCCUUCGGCCUCAUCGGUGCCCUCUCAAGAACUCGCGAUCACGCCAAUUUAGGGACGAUAUAGAGCCAAGGGUGGAGUUAGAAAUUUUCUU